AGUAUGGGAGAAGCACAUAAUCGUCGCUUCUCUGCGAUCGGAAUAAUAUUGAACCGGUGUGUCCUAUUUUGCUCAAUUAUGUCAUCAUUUAUCGCGGGCUCGCAGUCAAUACCCGUGUCUGUUUCCAUGGCUUCAAGAUGGAGUGAAACUCCUCUGCUUCUGGAAGCUGCGCAGUUUCUAGCCAGAGACAAAAGCCAGAAGGAUUCUCUUUGGUUUUUCAUUGAGUCCACAGUGUCAAAAGACUUCACAGCCAGUACGCAGUUAGAUGCAUACAACUGGAUUUUGGACAACACGGAGUUUCUGGAAGAGAGAGUAAAAGAGUCGCUUAGUCUCUCUUUAGCUGUCAGAUUUGACUCCCCGGCAAUCGCCAUGUACCAACAGAUGAGCCGAAGUUAUAUCGAAUCAGACUCAUGUGAAGCGUUUGCAGUCGUCAAAAAUUCUGUUACGUGUGACGCCAAAGAGCUGAAAGAGUUGGUGAAAACGAAAAAAGACUCAGCGCAAAGCUCGCCUCCUGUUUUUGAUUUCGACCAUUUAUACGGUUCUAAAUCGAGUAGUGAGAGUUCGCUUAAUGUGAUUCUAUACGCAAACUUGGGCACUGAGUCGUUCAAACAUUUUCACAAAGAGUUGACCCAACUUUCAGACGAUGGUAGCGUUAGAUACUUCUUACGGUUUUUUGUACAAAAAUCGUUUAACAGCACUGUUCAUUUGUCAGGUUAUGGAGUCGAAUUGGCAAUUAAGUCGACAGAGUAUAAAGCAAUUGACAGUAGUCAAGAUUCAGAGAGUUCGCAAAUUGAAGCUUUAGAACAGCAUUCGGUUAUCAAAGGCUUCGAUUUUGGUAAACUCAAACAAGCUAACCCGGACCUUAAAGACGGUCUUAAUAAACUCCAGUUUCAUCUGAUACAAGAAUCAGAAGGCUUGAAGCCUCUGAAAGUAUGGGAGUUGUCGGACCUCAGUUACCAAACAGUACAAAAGUUGAAAGAAAACGAAGAACCAUACGAAGCGCUUUCUGCGUUACGUGAGUACUCGCAAAAUUUCCCUGUAUAUGCGAACGAGUUUUCAAAAAUAAAAGUCUCAAAAGCUUUGAGAGAUGAUAUAACCAAUAUUCAACGAGCAAUUGAGUAUAUAGCAAAUGAGGGAACUCCUUUCAUGUUAAUCAAUGGUCUGCAAGUUGAAAUUGAAACUUUGGAUCCCUUUGCGUUAGUUGACCUUCUGUAUUCUGAAUCGAAACUAAUAACAGCACUCUUUGGUUUUGGACUUCCGUUCGAAAACAUUCAACCACUGCUGAACUUGAACAUUGGCGUGCAAAAAGAGGAAGAUUACGCAAUCGAUAUCAGAAGUGAUGCAAUCAAUUAUGUAAACGACCUUGAAAAUGACGACAAGUAUGCUAGAUGGCCCAGGGCGCUGCAGUAUUUGUUACAACCAACCUUUCCGGGAUCUCUGAGGAAACUAGCCAGGAACAUACACCACACUGUUUUCAUAAUUGACCCCGCAAAUCCGAGUUCAAAAGCGUACAUAGCUGCCGCGCAGUAUUGUUUGUCAAAUUCUGUUCCAACUAGAAUCGGAUUUGUUUUUGUGAGAGACGAGAGGAACGAAGUUAAUGUAAUGAUCAACAGAAUUGUGGGAUACUUUUUGGCUGAAGAUGAUCCAAACGAAGCGCUUUCGUUUCUGAAAUCAGUUUAUUCAGCCAUUCCUAAAACGUCCGAUAAUUCGAUAACAGAAGAAAUUUUGGAGACAAAGUUUACGGAAAAAGUGAAGUACCAUGAGUUAAAAACUGUUGUCAAAGACCAAGCGUACGAUUCGUACAGCACUCUUGGAAGUGAGUUUUACCAGAAAUCGGGACUGGGUGCCUUGCCAGCUGUCCUGUAUAAUGGUAAGCCUAUAUCAGUCUCACAUGAAGACCAUCUAGAUGAUUUGGUUAUUAGUGAGGUUUACUCUGGAACAUUCUUCUGGCAAAAGGCGGUUUGGGAGAACGACGUUCAUGACCGAUCGAAUUUACUAGAUUUUGCUAUGGAGCAAAGUCAUGUGAUGCCGAGAUUGAACGAUCGGGUUCUGAACAAAGACUUGUCCCGGUACCUGGAGUACGCUAAAUAUGAUGCUACGGCGGCAUUUUCCUCCUUGAGCCAACCACAAAUGACUGAGUAUUUGAGUAAUGGCAUGUUAUACAUUGCUAAGAAAAAUCCAGAGUUUGACAAAGGCGUAACAUUGUGGGUAGCUGCCAAUUUUGAGGAACCAAAAGGUCGAGCUCUCACGUACCAGGCACUGAAGUACCUGAAAAAGUCAGAUUCAAUGAGAAUCGGAUUUCUGUUCAACCACGGUGAUGCAAAAGAGACGUUAAUAAGUGACGCUAUUUUGGCAACUUUGUUGUCUCAAAACAACCAAGAUGCCAAAAUGUUUAUUACUAAGUUGGUGAAAGAAGAGUUUGUCGCGGAACUGAAGGCUGGAAAAAGGAGUCUGAAAGAUCUAGAAGUUACAGGAAUGGACUCCAAAAAGUUCCAUGCAACUUUCGAAGACAAGAAAAAGUUGAAAGCAGUCUACACUAUGCAUACCGAGUUUUGCAGCAAAGUUUUGAAAGCUAAGACGACGGACCAGAUGUUGAUUGCUAAUGGGAAAGUUAUCGGACCUUUUCAGGGCGACGAGGUGUUUAGCUACGAUGACUUUGGGCUAGUGGAUAAAUAUAUCCACGUGUUAUCUGCCAAAGAAAUCUCGAAAGCGUUGAAAUCAAUGACAAGUUUGAAUCUCGAAGGAAACAAGUUGAGUGAUCUGACAAUGAAAAUAACUUCCACUUUGCUUAAAAACGCGGCAGAAAACGAACGAGUCGAAUUGCCGAAAGGCAUUUUUAGAGACCGAGUUGGCGUUAUACAUGUACCUCCAAGAAGUCCCGAAGAACCAUUCCAUAAAAUCUAUGUAGCCGUAGAACCCUUGAGCAGAGCAGCUCAAAAAGUCUCGCCAAUUCUAGAACAGCUGCACAAACUUGUUAAUGCUGAGAUAUCUGUUGUGAUGAACUGCAUAAAAAAGUGGUCUGAAAUGCCGCAAAAUAGCUUCUACAGAUACGUGAUGCCGGCGUCUCUUGAGUUUGAUCAAAAUGGCUCGAUCUCAAAUUCCAAACUGGAGGCUAAGUUUACUGGAUUGCCUAAAGCGACGUUGCUUACAAUGAAUAUGCAGACACCUGAAAGCUGGCUUGUAGAAGCAGUCAGGACGCCAUACGAUUUGGACAACAUUUUACUGAAAGAUUUAGAGGUUGACAAUGUUCGCGUGAAUUAUGAGCUGGCUCAUAUUCUUCUGGAAGGACAGUGUUACGAAAAGCAGAGUGGCCAGCCGCCAAGAGGGUUGCAGUUCACGUUAGGGACAACUCAGAACCCAAAAAUGUACGAUACAAUAGUGAUGGCUAAUUUGGGAUAUUUCCAACUGAAAGCUAACCCUGGAUCUUGGGUUCUAAAAUUGAGAGAGGGCCCUUCGAAAGAGAUUUAUGAGAUUGCUUCUACCAAAGGUACUAGUACUCCCAGCGGAUCUAGUGACAUCGUCGUUUCUAUGAGGAGUUUCACAAAUAAGUUCAUCCAUGUUUUUGUGAGUAAGAAGCCAGGCAUGCAAAACAAAGAUGUCCUGGGCGAGGUUGAGUCUGAGAAGCCGCCUAAGAAUACGGGAAUCUGGGAUACCGUCAAAUCGUCUAUUUUCGGCGACGAUAAUUCGGAAUCGAGUCGAGCGACGUCUGAUGGUGCUGGGUUACCUUGCACUGAUGGCGAAUCAUGCCCCUCAGCUGAUCAGGAAUCAGAGGUACUAAAUAUCUUUUCAGUGGCUUCAGGUCAUCUCUAUGAACGAUUCAUGAGAGUAAUGAUGGUGAGUGUUCUGAAAAACACAAAAGCACCUGUGAAGUUUUGGUUUCUUAAAAAUUAUCUUUCACCUUCGUUCAAAGACACUGUUGAUAAAAUGAAAGAAUCGUACGAGUUUGAUUAUGAGCUAGUAGAAUACAAAUGGCCAAGAUGGUUGAAUCAACAAACUGAGAAACAGAGAAUCAUUUGGGGAUACAAAAUUCUGUUUUUGGACGUCUUAUUUCCUUUGAACGUGAAGAAAAUCAUUUUCGUAGAUGCUGACCAAGUUGUGCGUGCAGAUCUAACUGAACUUCGAGAUAUGGAUUUGGACGGUGCGCCUUACGGUUACACGCCUUUUUGUGAUGACAAAAAAGAAAUGGAAGGAUUUCGAUUCUGGAAAAGUGGAUACUGGGCCAGUCAUCUGGCUGGUAGGAAGUACCAUAUCAGCGCUUUAUAUGUCAUUGAUCUUCAGAAGUUCAGAAAAAUAGCGGCUGGUGACAGACUACGUGGUCAGUACCAGGGACUGAGUCAAGAUCCGAAUAGUUUGGCGAAUUUGGACCAAGAUUUGCCGAACAACAUGAUCCAUCAAGUAAGAAUAAAGUCACUGCCAAUUGAGUGGUUAUGGUGCGAAACAUGGUGUUCCGAUGAGUCUCUGUCUCGUGCGAAGACAAUCGAUUUGUGCAACAACCCUCUGACGAAAGAGCCGAAGCUGAACCGAGCGAUGCGAAUCGUACCCGAGUGGAAAGAAUACGACUCAGAAAUACGACAGAUUCUUACUGGAAGCUCGAAAGCCUCCGAGGGAAAAAAGAGUGUAAAAAGCGUUGAGCCAGCAACAGACACGAAGAAAACAGAAUUGUAAUCGAUGCUUUUUUUUCCACGGCAUAUAGUAGGUUUCAAAAAUGAAAUGAGCUGUUCAAGCCGGGUAGUGUUGUUAAAUGUGUAUUGACAAAUUGGAGCUGGUUGGCAAAGGGUCAAAUUCAGUUAAAUUGUUAUUUAAAUGUUUAUAUUUAAUGUGUUUACAUAUCUGACUUUGAUAUUGACAUUGAUUAUUUGGAUUUGAUGCCAAUUAGACGCAAAUAGAACUUCUGAAAUUUUGCAGUUUAAUUUUUUUUUCAUUUUGUCAGUGAAUUCCAGUCUUGCGUACCGUAAUGCUUUAAUAUAUUUUGUCGAAGUUAAAAUUAUCAUCCAA